CCAGAAAUGGCCCUCUCUGUGGAUUCAUCCUGGCUCCGAUGGCAAUGGCGAGUCAAAGAUGGCUUCCCCAGGCCUCCAUCAGAAACCACACCACUGCUCUCUACAGAGAGGCCAAGACUGAGCUACAACCUGAAGCAGCAGCGGGUUGUGUUCCCCAACAACAGGAUAUUCCACCAGGAUUGGGGAAAGGUCUCCAGGAAAUACUCAGACAACAGAAUCUGCACAACGAAAUAUACCCUCUUCACCUUUCUGCCCCAGAAUCUCUUUGAGCAGUUUCACAGAUGGGCUAACCUCUAUUUCCUGUUCCUGGUGAUUCUGAACUGGAUACCGUCCAUGGAAGUCUUCCACAGAGAAAUCACCAUGUUACCAUUGGCCAUUGUCCUGUUCAUCAUCAUGGUCAAGGACGGCAUGGAGGAUUUCAAGAGAUACCUCUUUGAUAGAGAGAUAAAUGGUUCCAACAUCCAAAUAUAUGAAAGAAAAGAGCAGAAUUAUGUGCAGAAGAGCUGGAAGGAUGUGCGUGUGGGAGACUUCAUCCAAAUGCAAUGCAACGAGAUCAUCCCAGCAGAUAUCCUUCUCCUCUUUUCCUCUGACCCCAGUGGGAUCUGCCACCUGGAAACUGCCAACUUGGAUGGAGAGACAAACCUCAAACAAAGACGUGUUGUGAAGGGCUUCUCACAACAGGAGGCACAGUUCGAACCGGAACAUUUCCACAAUACCAUUGUGUGUGAGAAACCCAACAACAACCUCAACAGAUUUAAGGGUUACAUGGAGCAUCCUGAUGAGACCAGGACUGGCUUUGGCAGUGAAAGUCUUCUGCUUCGAGGUUGCACCAUCAGAAACACUGAGGUGGCCGUUGGCAUUGUCAUCUAUACAGGCCAUGAGACAAAAGCCAUGUUGAACAACAGCGGCCCACGGUACAAACGCAGCAAGAUCGAGAGACGCAUGAACACAGACAUCUUCUUCUGCAUUGGGCUCCUCUUCCUCAUGUGCCUCAUUGGAGCUGUAGGUCAUACUAUCUGGAAUGGGACCUUUGAAGAACAUCCUCCCUUUGAUGUACCAGAUGCCAAUGGUGGCUUCCUUCCCCUUGCCCUUAGGGGUUUCUACAUGUUCCUUACAAUGAUCAUCCUGCUUCAGGUGCUGAUCCCCAUCUCUCUAUAUGUGUCCAUUGAAUUGGUGAAGCUCGGGCAAGUCUUCUUCCUGCACAAUGACCUUGAUCUGUACGAUGAAGAGACCAAUGUGCCCAUUCAGUGCCGAGCCCUCAAUAUCACUGAGGACCUGGGCCAGAUCCAGUACAUUUUCUCUGACAAGACUGGGACCCUGACUGAGAACAAGAUGGUGUUCCGGAGAUGCACCAUCAUGGGCAAUGAGUUUUCUCACCAAGAAAACGCCAAACGACUGGAGAUGCCAAAGGAGCUGGAUUCAGACACUGAAGAGUGGACUCAAUACCAGCACCUGUCCUUCCCAACCGGAUGUGUCCAGGGUUCUGAAACUGUGAGAGGCCAAGGAGGUUCCCAACCUCUGAGGAGAUGCCACAGUGCCCGGGUGCCCAUCCAAGGCCACUCCCGACAAAGGUCCAUGGGAUGCUGUGAAAGUUCACAGCCUUCUGUGGCCUUCAGCAGUCCCAUAGAAAAAGAUGUGACUCCAGAUAAAAGUUUACUGACCAAGGUGCAGGAUGCUGCCCUGUGGCUGGAAACCUUGUCAGACACAAAGCCUGCCAAGUCUUCCUUCUCCACCCCUUCCUCCAUUGCUGAUUUCUUCCUGGCUCUGACCAUCUGCAACUCUGUCAUGGUCUCCACAACCACUGAGCCCAGGCAAAGGGUAAGGAUUGCUGAUGUGACUGACAUUAAUGUGGAAAAGAAGUUGAGGAAAAUCCGAGCCAAGACCCAGAAGCAUUUAGACCUGUAUUCAAGAGAUGGCCUGCGAACGCUAUGCAUCGCCAAGAAGGUGGUAAGUGAAGAAGACUUCCGACGGUGGACCAAUUUCCGGCGUGAGGCAGAAGCAUCACUCGACAACCGAGAUGAGCUUCUAAUGGAGACAGCUCGUCAUUUGGAGAAUCAACUCACCUUGCUCGGAGCCACUGGGAUUGAAGACCGACUGCAGGAAGGCGUUCCAGACACGAUUGCUGCUCUGCGGGAAGCUGGGAUCCAGAUCUGGGUCUUGACUGGAGACAAGCAGGAGACAGCAGUCAAUAUUGCCUAUUCCUGCAGACUCUUAGAUCAGACUGACACAGUUUACACCAUUAAUACAGAGAGUCAGGAAGUCUGUGAAUCCAUCCUCAACUGUGCCCUGGAAGAAGUAAAGCAAUUUCAUGGACCACAGAAGACAAACCACAAGCUCUUUGGGUUCUGCCUGCCUUCUGAGACACCAUCUACCACUUCAGUUGCUGUCGUCCCGGAAAUUGGACUGGUCAUAGACGGAAAAACAUUGAAUGUCAUAUUCCAGGGAAAGCUGGAGAAGAAAUUUCUGGAACUGACCCAGUAUUGCCGGUCUGUCAUGUGCUGUCGCUCUACUCCACUCCAGAAGAGUAUAAUAGUCAAGCUGGUUCGAGACAAGUUGAGAGUCAUGACCCUUUCCAUAGGUGAUGGAGCAAAUGACGUAAGCAUGAUUCAAGCCGCUGAUAUUGGAAUUGGGAUAUCAGGACAAGAAGGCAUGCAGGCUGUCAUGUCCAGUGACUUCGCCAUCUCCCGCUUCAGGCAUCUCAAGAAGCUACUGCUCGUCCAUGGUCACUGGUGUUAUUCGCGCCUGGCCCGGAUGGUGGUGUACUUUUUCUACAAAAACGUGUGCUACGUCAACUUGCUCUUCUGGUAUCAGUUCUUCUGUGGCUUCUCUGGCUCCACCAUGAUUGAUUACUGGCAGAUGAUAUUUUUCAAUCUCUUCUUCACCUCCUUGCCACCUCUCCUCUUCGGAGUCCUCGAUAAAGACAUCUCUGCGGACACACUCCUGGCAUUGCCCGAGCUGUACAAAACUGGCCAGAACUCUGAGUACUACAGCCUGUCAACUUUCUGGAUUUCCAUGAUGGAUGCCUUCUACCAAAGCCUCAUCUGCUUCUUUAUCCCUUACCUGACCUACAAGGACUCUGAUGUUGACGUCUUCACCUUCGGAACACCCAUCAAUACCAUCGCCCUCAUUACAAUCCUUUUGCACCAAGCAAUGGAGAUGAAGACAUGGACCAUUGUCCAUGGACUUCUCCUCAUCUCCAGCUUCCUGUUAUACUUCGUAGUAUCCCUAGUGUACAACGCCACGUGUGUCAUAUGCAACAGCCCCACCAACCCCUACUGGGUGAUUGAAGACCAACUGUCAGACCCCACCUUCUACCUCAUCUGCUUCCUCACACCAGUUGUGGCUCUUCUCCCAAGGUAUUUUUUCCUGUCUAUACAAGGGACCUGUGGAAAAUCUCUGAUCUCAAAAGCUCAGAAAAUUGACAAACUCCCCAAGGAUAAAAGAGACCUGGAAAUUCACAGUUGGAGAAACAAACAGAGGCUAGCCCCUGUCCCUGGAGGGGCUCAGCCCCCACUCCAUCCAGGGCCACCUGUCCCAGCACAGGAUUUCAAAGCCAGCACAUCAAAGAGUUUGCCCCCUGUGAAGCAGGAUCACAUGGAGGAUUGGGCACUCCCCGAAGCCAGGUGCAGCAGAGACCACAUGAGGGAUGACCCACACGCAGGGGGCUUCUCAGCCAAACUCUCAUCCGGAAAGCACCUUCUGGAGCCCACUAAGGCAAUGACUCCUGAAACUUAUCCAGAUGGACAGACUGACAUGUCCUGGCCUUCAAGCAAGGGCAGCCAUCGCAGAUCCCAGAGUGCACUGACCAUCUGA